UCUGUGUGUGUCUCUCAGGCCUGACAGCAGCAGCCAUGGCUGAACUCCAGAAACUCCAGAAGAUGAAGAUGAUGAUGAGUCUGCAGAAUGGCAAUGAGUCCGACAACGAUGACCUGCACUCUAACACGGGAGGCAGUGAGUGUUCCUGGGAUAAGGAGCGUCUGACCAGCCCUCCUGCUCCUGGAGCUCACAGCGCAGCUCCAGGAGCAGCAGGAGGUGCAGCAGGAGGAGCAGGAGGAGGAACCGGGAGUCGGCCGGCCUUAUCAGCCGUCAGUCAGCAGCAGCUCCAGCAGCAGCAACAACAGCAGCAGCAGCAGCUUCUGGCCAACAGGUUGGACCUGCCCUUCAUGAUGAUGCCCCAUCCUCUGCUGCCCAUGGGGCUGCCGCCCGCCUCUGUUGCCAUGGCGAUGUCACAGAUGAACCACCUCAGCACUAUCGCCAACAUGGCCGUGGCGGCCCAGCAGAUACACACUCAUGUACACCGCGCACCCGUCAUCAAGGAGAGAGUGUGUGACAGUCCUUCUCUCUCUCCGUCGGUGGAUGAAACCAACACUCCUCUGCAGUCUCAGCCCAGCAGCUCGGCCUCCAGCUCGCCCGAAAGACUCGGACUGGUGUCGGCCGAUGCCGACGUUCCUCUGAACAACUCAGCUCCCAUCAAGAAAAUCACUAAGGACAAAGGUUGGACCACAUGCACGCACGCCUGCGCACACACACACGCACGCACGCACACACACACACACACACACACACACACACACACACCUAAACACACAGACACACACCUACACACACACACACACACACACACACACACACCUUCUUCAAUCUAAACCUUCACCCAUUUUCUGUUGACAACUGAUAAAUUUCCUCACUUAGGAGGGCUUUCCUCAUCUGCUGUAUUUAUAUGAUACACUAACACACUCUAAUACACACUAAUAGACACUAACACACAUGGACAAUCCCACAGUGAAUGGAAGCGUCAGGAUGUUGUCCCUCCAAUUGAUCAGCUGUCUGUGAGCAUCAAUCAGAGGAUGGGUGGAUAGAUAGAUAGAUAGAUAGA